AUGGGACUGCUUUCAGCAGCAGCAGCUGUCUUGUGCCGCUCCAAACGCGCUAUGCUGCUGCUGCUGCUCCUGCUGCUUCUGCAGGUGCAAGUAGGGAACGUCAAUGAAGUCUCAGCAGCAGCAGCAGCAACCGCAGCAGCAGCAGCAGCAGCGCCACCAGCAGCAGCAGCAGCAGCAGCAGCAGAAAGCCCAGAGAGGCGCCCCUGCACUGUGAAGUCGACUGAGGGCUCGCCCUGCAGCUCCGACCCCCCUUUACACCAGCAGCAGCAGCAGCAGCAACAGCAGCAACAGCAGCAGCAGCAGCAGCAGCCGGAGGCGCCAAUAAUAUCGGAUGAGCUGCUGCUGGAUCUGCUGCGGCGAGCCGAAGAGAUACGAAGGGGGCCCCCAGAGGGGCCCCCCGCUGGCUGGGAGGUCUUGUCCAAAAAUGUGAAUUGUAUAGUCUAUAGGAGACAGCGCCGAGGCCAGUCAGACUACGAGUACGCAGUGUGGGGCCGCUUUGCAGACAUUUCUGCUGCUGCUUAUCUUUCCACUUUAAAUUCGCUGCCCCUCAGAAGCUCUUGGGACUCCACUGUGAAGGACAUUCAGCUGCUGCAGCUCAAGCAGACGCCAGCUGCUGCUGCUCCUCCCAGCAGCAGCAGCAGCAGCAGCAGCAGCAGCAGCAGCAGCAGCAGCAGCGGCGGCGGCGGCGGCGGCGGCGGGGAGGGGGAAGAAGCUACCCAGGGGGCCCCCAGCGGAGAGGGGGGCCCCCAGAGGGGCCCCCAAGUGUACCCUGUGGGGGGCCCCGAAUAUGAAGAAUUGAUUUAUUGGCGAGUGGGCCUCCCGUGGCCAGCAAAGGACCGGGACUUUGUGUUUGCCCGCCGGCUGCGCGGCUACAGAAUCGCCAGCAGCAGCAGCAGCAGCAGCAGCAGCAGCAGCAGCAGCAGAGUGCAUGCGCUCGUCUGCGGGCAGCUGCAGGCCGAGAGCGAUGCUGCGCCCCCCGUGAGCGACGCUGUGAGGGUCACCACAUUUGAAGCAGCAGUUGUGGCUUUUCCAGACAACGAAGAGGCCCCCGAGGGGGCCCCCGAGGGGGCCCCCGAGGGGGCCGCUGAGGGGCCCCUGGGGGCCCCUGGGGCCCCCGAAGCCGCCAGCCCAGCAGCAGGCCCCGGGGGGGCCCCCCGGGGGGCCCCCGGAGGUGACCCUGAGAAGAAAGGAGUGACCUAUGUGGCCCUCCACUAUGACAGGUCCAGCUCCCCAGUGCCCACGUGGCUUCGGUCUUACAUCGCAGCACAUUCGCUGCCUUCUACAAUGGAGGCCCUUAGAGAGAAUGCUUUGCGGCUGGUGGCUUCUUCGGGGAGGGUACUGGACCCGGGGGCCCUCAGGGGCCCCCAGGGGGCCCCCCUGACUGCGCAGCAGCUGGCACUUCUUGACCAGCAGUUCCAAAUCCACAGUCCCCAGUGGCGGAGGCCCCAAGAAGGGGCCCCCCAGGACUCAGGGGGGCCCCUCAGAGGGCCCCCGGCCCGGCAAGUCCCUGUUGAGAGGCACCUGCAGCUGCAGGAGCAGCAGCAGGAGCCGCAGCAGCAGCAGCAGCAGGGCCUGCAGCAGCAACAGCAGUUGGAGCUGCUGCAGCUGCAGCCCUCAGGGGCCACCGCAGAGGCCUCCGGUGCCGGUGCCGCCUCAGCCCCUGCAGCAGCAGCAGCAGCAGCAGCAGCAGCAACAGCAGCAGCAGCAGACGAGAUCAAGCAGAUCGACGUGCACGGAAGCCUCAGAGGGGCCUCUUGCCGUGUGCAGCCAGCUGCUGUACCCCUUAGUCAGGGGGGCCCCUACGAAGUACCCCUGGGGGCCCCCCCAGCUGCUGGUGCAGCAGAGGCUGCCGGAGCAGCAGCUGCUCCUCGGGGACUUCCCUGGCUGCUGCCGCUGCAGCAGCAGUGGGGGCCCCCUGCAGCAGCACGGUGGGCCCUUAGGGGGGCCCUGCGUCUGUUGGGGCCCAAGAAACUGGGGCCCCCCUGCAGCUGCAGCGGCGCGGGGCAGGGGGGCCCCCCAGCGUGGCCACAGGGGGGCCCCCAGAGUCCCCCCUGUGACUUGUGUCUGUUUUCGGGGCCCCCCUGGGGCCCCCAACUGCUGCGCGUGGCAGCAGCAAGAGGGGCCUGGGCUGCGGUGCCUCCCGAGCAGCAUUUGGGGCCCGUCACCCCCAAAGAAAGCUGGGGGAAAGGGGCCCCUUGGAGCUGGCAUUGA